AUGCUCGGAACGGUCAUCCGCCCAUUCAACCGCCGAUCCAACUUGGAGCGUUCCCGCCCAAAGGGCUCCACCGAAGGCCCGCUGGGGACAUUUUCCAAUUUUGACGAAGCGAGGCUCUUUUCCGAAGGAAUUCGCAGUCUGACGACAAGACCGAACAUCCAACCUGAUUCAGCUCGUGCGAAAAACGCAUCUGAUACUGUAAAUAUCCUGUUCAAGGGCAAGCUCGUCGACCCCUGGACCGACGAGGACGAUGCAACAGGGUGCUGUUGCACUGGCACUGAUGUGAGUCCGUCCCCGCUGAGCGGAGGAUUCGGUCUCGAUCCUGGUUUCGCUAAACACGCCGUUGUUCUAUCCUGGGCGAGCCUGCUUGACGCAUCGUACUCAGUGACACUGUCGCAUCAGCGAUUCCCGCCCGGUAAUCAUCAAGCUGCGCCUCAACGUCGCUGUUCCUUCCCCGCCACCGAUACGCCCUUGGCCCGUCUGGCGCGCGUCUACGGCAACCCCGUUCGGGGCCAGCAUCUGUCACAAGUACCAGCCCAGAUCGCAAGCACUCUCUUCUCUGUGAUACGAACUCCCCUGCUGCAUCUUCGAAGCCGAAAGUGCUUGCACUGCACUGCCCGCGUCGAUCCACCAGAUCGCGUCGCUGCAUUCGAGAGCUGCUCUUAG